UUUUACGUUUAAUAGGACUUUGGCAAUCAUAAACUAAUCAGCCGGCUUUAAAUUUAUUUGACAUAAAGCACAAAAUAAACAAAUCAGGAUGAAAUUAAGUGUUGACGGCCUACUGGUUUACUUUCCAUACGAAUACAUCUACCCGGAGCAGUAUGCGUACAUGCUAGAAUUAAAACGCACAUUAGAUGCAAAGGGACACUGCCUGCUAGAGAUGCCUUCGGGUACCGGCAAAACUGCCACACUACUUUCCUUAAUUGUUGCAUACAUGAUCGAACAUCCGGAUGUAUUACGCAAAUUAAUUUACUGUUCACGUACAGUGCCGGAGAUUGAAAAGGUUAUUGCAGAAUUACAAAAUCUCAUAUCCUAUUACGAAAAGAAUGCGCCUGAGCCACCCCAAUUGUUGGGAUUAGUGCUUAGUUCACGUAAAAAUAUGUGCGUACAUCCAGAAGUGAGUAGAGAGCGUGAGGGUAAGGCAGUGGAUGGUAAAUGUUAUGGCCUAACAGCAAGUUAUGUGCGUACACAUCAUGAGGUAGAUCCUGAAAAUACGCCAAUAUGUCAAUAUUAUGAAGGUUUCGCUGCAGAAGGCAAAGAAUCAUUAAUGCCACAUGGUGUCUAUAGCAUUGAUGAUCUCAAAGAAUAUGGACGUGAACGCAAUUGGUGUCCAUAUUUUUUGGCACGUUUUGCUAUCUCACAUGCACAAAUUGUCGUAUACAGUUAUCAUUAUUUAUUGGAUCCGAAAAUCGCGGAGGUCGUCUCCAAGGAAAUGAACAAACAAUGUUGUGUCGUCUUCGAUGAGGCUCACAACAUCGAUAAUGUGUGCAUAGAUUCGAUGAGCGUUAAAAUUAAUCGGCGUAUAGUGGAACGUAGCACAAAUGCGUUGAAUAAUUUACAGAAAAUAGUGCAAGACAUACGAGAUGAAGAUGCCAAUCGUCUAAAUGAAGAGUACCAACGUAUGGUACAAGGCUUAAAGGAUGCACAGGUGCAACGCGAGACCGACAUGGUAAUGGCUAAUCCUGUAUUACCCGCGGAUGUGUUAAAAGAGGUAGUGCCUGGUAACAUACGUAAUGCAGAUCAUUUCCUCAGUUUCCUACGUCGCUUUGUUGAGUAUAUAAAGACACGUUUACGUGUACAUCACGUUGUGCAAGAAUCGCCCGCUGGUUUCCUCAAAGAUGUAGCAUCGAAAAUCUGCAUUGAACGUAAACCCUUGCGAUUUUGUGCUGAACGUUUAGCGAGCUUGUUGAGAACGUUGGAGAUUACGGAUAUGACAGAGUAUGGCGCGCUAACAUUGAUUACACAUUUUGCUACCUUAGUAUCAACCUACACGAAGGGUUUCACAAUCAUUGUCGAACCUUUUGACGAUAAAACACCCACGGUCAUAAAUCCUAUACUACACUUUAGUUGUUUAGACUCUUCUAUAGCAAUGGCGCCAGUGUUUACGCGCUUUCAAACAGUUGUCAUAACAUCGGGUACACUUUCGCCUAUGGAUAUGUAUCCGAAAAUACUGGAUUUUGAUCCAGUCAUAAUGAGUUCCUUUACAAUGACGCUGGCACGUCCUUGCUUGCUGCCAAUGAUCGUAUCAAAAGGCAACGAUCAAGUGGCUAUUUCUUCGAAAUUUGAAACACGCGAAGAUACAGCUGUGAUACGUAAUUACGGACAGCUACUUGUGGAGACGGCAAAGACGGUGCCCGAUGGCAUAGUGUGCUUUUUCACAUCCUACUUGUAUCUAGAGUCUGUUGUUGCUUCCUGGUAUGAUCAGGGCAUUGUGGAUACUUUGUUGCGUUACAAACUGUUGUUUAUCGAAACACAAGAUAAUGCGGAGACCAGCUAUGCGCUAAUGAAUUAUGUCAAGGCUUGUGAUUGUGGACGUGGCGCUGUUCUAUUAGCCGUUGCGCGUGGUAAAGUCUCUGAGGGUGUAGAUUUCGAUCAUCAUUAUGGACGCGCUGUACUUAUGUUCGGCAUACCCUAUGUGUACACCCAAUCACGCAUACUCAAAGCACGUUUAGAUUAUCUACGCGAUCAAUUUCAAAUACGCGAAAAUGAUUUUCUUACCUUCGAUGCCAUGCGUCAUGCGGCGCAAUGUGUGGGACGUGCACUGCGUGGUAAAACCGAUUAUGGCAUAAUGAUAUUCGCAGAUAAACGUUUCUCACGUCAAGAUAAACGUAGUCGUUUGCCUAAAUGGAUACAGGAACAUUUAGUUGAUAGUUUUUGUAAUUUGAGCACAGAAGAGGCAAUGCAACUGGCACGUCGCUGGUUGCGGCGAAUGGCACAACCGUUCACGCGUGAAGAUCAACUCGGUAUAUCAUUGUUGACAUUGGAGCAAUUGGAGAACUCGGAGAAGGAGAAAUUGGAGCGGCAAGCGCAAGGUAAAGAGGGUGUAGGCGGCGAGGUGAUGGAGCUGUAAAUUGCUGUAAGCAAGAAAAUGCAUUGAAUGAAAUAUAAAAUAUAGAGAUAAAACUUUUCUAAAUGUAA